CAUUGUGUGGCCAGGCAGCUAGCUGCUCUUAUUAGCUAUUUUCCAAACUGUACCAUCCAGGCAGGCGUUCACAGUGUUCUUGUUUCUGUUGGUACAGACUUGAGGACCAGUUGAACACAUUAACCGACUUGUGGUUUUGUUGACUUUAUUAAACGGUUAAGUAGAGAGUGUGAGAACAGCGCAGCUAGCCGGCUACCAGAGCAGGCUAGUGAAUGUGUUUGUGUGGUAUCGCCGGGUUAGCUCGAUAGCUAGCUGAGCAGCGACAAAGCCAGGAGGAGGAAUGAACCAUAAGAGUAAGAAGAGGAUUAAAGAGGCGAAACGGAGCGCCAGACCCGAACUGAAGGAUUCAUUAGACUGGAUAAAACACGGUUAUCAUGAGACUUUCGACCUGUCACACCGCACCGUCAAGGACAACGUAGAGCGCGCGGACGCCCUCCACCUCAGUCCUGAAGAGUUCAUCCAGCGCUUCGAGCGGCCCUACAAACCCGUCGUCCUGCUGAACUCCCAGGCGACCUGGCCCGCCCGAGAGAAAUGGACUAUGGAGCGCCUCAAACGCAAAUACCGCAACCAGAAGUUCAAGUGUGGGGAGGACAACGACGGAUACUCGGUGAAGAUGAAGAUGAAGUACUACGUGGAGUACCUGGAGAGCACCAGGGACGACAGCCCGCUCUACAUCUUCGACAGCAGCUACGGUGAACACGCCAAACGCCGGAAGCUGCUGGAGGACUACCAGGUCCCCGUCUUCUUCAGGGACGACCUGUUCCAGUUUGCAGGAGAGAAGCGCAGACCGCCGUACAGAUGGUUUGUGAUGGGCCCGGCUCGCUCCGGCACCGGCAUCCACAUCGACCCGCUGGGCACCAGCGCCUGGAACGCCCUGGUUCAGGGUCACAAGAGGUGGUGUCUGUUCCCCACCAACACACCCCGAGAGCUGAUCAAAGUGACCAGAGAGGACGGAGGCAACCAGCAGGACGAGGCCAUCACCUGGUUCAACGUGGUCUAUCCCCGAACGCAGCAGCCCAACUGGCCCCCGGAGUUCACGCCGCUGGAGAUCCUCCAGAAACCCGGAGAGACCGUUUUUGUGCCUGGUGGAUGGUGGCACGUCGUCCUCAACCUGGACACGACAAUCGCAGUGACUCAGAACUUCGCCAGCACGACCAACUUCCCCAUCGUGUGGCACAAAACAGUCCGAGGACGACCCAAGCUCUCCAGGAAGUGGUAUCGCAUCUUGAAGCAGGAGAGGCCCGACCUGGCAGCGCUGGCGGACAAAGUGGACCUGCAGGAGUCGACGGGCAUCGCAUCAGACAGCUCCAGUGACUCUUCGUCAUCAUCUUCCUCCAGCUCGUCUGACUCCGACUCUGAUGCGGAGUCCGGCUCCGAGGGCGACGCCAUGUCCCACCGCAGGAAGAAGAGACGCACCUGCGGCAUGACGGCCAACGGAGACACCAGCAGCCAGGACGACUGCGUCAGCAAGGAGAGGAGCUCGUCUCGGUGACCUCCGGCCUCCGUCCGACCUCCACCUGCCCCCCCCCCCUCCACUCACAAACUGACCCACAGCUCCAGCUGCUUCGAAUCUAGUUUAGGUAAAUGUCCGGAUCCCCAAGCGAAAGUCACAUGCCCGCCUUCAGAGACAAGAUGGCUGCCGCUGGUGUAGGUUAGGGAGGGGGGGGUCCUCUGGGGUGUGGGCCGGCUGGAGACCUGCCACCACUGUGCUUUUCAACACCAAUCAAUAUCUGUUUGUCUGUGUAGCUUCAGUAGUGUGAGGACAUGGAGGGAACCAUGAUGGUGGUGAGGUCACGAGGGGGGUGGAGCCUCGCUCUGAGCUUUAAAACUCUCUAAGCUGCUUCCUAACGUGAGUUUGAGCUGCGGAGGACGGAGUGGAAUAUUGAACGUGUUGAGACGUGGCGUCAUCGGAGGAGAUGAAACGCAGUCUGGUUUCUGUAGUUUAACAUGCGCCCUGUUCUAAAGCUCAUGGUCAGAACCUCCAGCACCAACACCAUCAAACACUCGGGCCUCUAGUUUCACAGCAGCAAACUGGUGUUAAUGAGCGAUGACAUCACAGCAGUGUGUGUUGAUCCUAUCUGUUUGUUUUUUUUAUCUUGCACAAAAAAAGGCCUUAAAAGAUUUUGAAAAUAUUUUCGUAAACAUUUUCUCUUGCCUUCUGACUUCAGCAGAAACAUUUUAAUUGGUGAAUCCAACCAUCGAGGUUCAGGUCGCAUCGGUUUCAUUCAUUAUAUCAUCAGGAAUUAUUGUUUUAUUCUGUGGAGAAGUACUGAGUAAUAAUUAAGCCAUAUUGUCCCUACAUCAAACUUUAAUACUUUAUCUUGUGCCACUGUAAAACUGCUGUUUAAGCGCAUUUAAUGUGAUAUGAAAAAGUCUUAAAUUUAAUGUGUUGAAGCUGCAGAAACACCCUCUUUAAUAUUAUACUCAUAUCAAGAGACACUACAACAGAAAAUAUGACGAAUUCAAACUGAGAUUAAUGUGGAUAAAAUUAAAAGGUAUAAAUAAAACACUGAUGAGAAAGAGAGAGAGGAAUAUUUUAAAUAUUAUAGUGAAGUUUUAAACCCCCCCUGAUAUAUUAUGAGUCUGUUUGUUUAUACAGAUGUCAAAAUAAUAAAGUAAGUCAACUAGUUCUCCAGAUAGGACUAUUUUCAGCGGCGGAUUGAUCCACAAAUCAUAUAAAUAUAGACGUCAGUGAACUAACAUCUUGGUAAUUCAUUUGUUUUAUAAGACAGAAGCUGAAUCCAGUGGAGGAUAAAAACUAGUAAAACUAAACUAGUCAUGCUAUGAAACGAACGUGACUAGCCUAGCAUUAGCUUAGCAGAGCAGCAGUGACUCCAGAUGUUCACCAGUGUGGUUGAGCUUCAGUUUGUAGUUGAUACUCUGUUUUCCCCCCUUCCUUCCUAACUGCAGCUCCUCUGUGGGCCAGAGGAGGGAGAGGAAUCGGGCUCAGACACAAACAUAACACUUGUGAGGAGAAGUUCAGACGGAUUCUUUAAGGCUUCGUCCACACUGCUGCGUUUGUGUUUUAAAAACGCAUCUCUUUUUCUACGUUUACUCUUCCCCUCCGCACGACUCCCGAGUUUUCCAGCCAAGAAAACGGAGACUUUCAGAAACUCUGCUGGACCCGUUUUAUUUUGAAAACUCUGGGGCUAACCAACUGCAGAGUAGACAAUCAGCUUCCUGUUUACGCCGGCUCGCACAUGCUCAGUGUAGGCGAUCGCUCAUGUCUACAUGUGUAUGUAUCAGGUGUGUCAGUCUGGACGGAGAUCGGUUUUAGUUUUAAUAUGAAAACGUGUGAGUGUGGACGCCGCCUGAGGAACACAUCAGUCAGUCCUUCCUCCUCGCACCUGUCAGGUGAAUGUGAGUCUGUCUGGAGGACGAUGGAUCUCUUUACAGGGUCGAGCUGCUCAUCACUGUUAAUCAGCUCCGUCUUUAUCAGCCUUGUUGCUGCCAGUUAUUGCACAGACUGCCGUGAAACUCGAGGCCCCCCCCCCCCCCCCCAUUUCUUCAUAAAGAUCCGCUCUGAUGUGUUGUCUUGAAAACUUGUACCUGCCUUGGAAAUUUAACUUGAUGCUGGAAUUGAAAGUCACUUUAGUUGCCCAGCUUUAAUGAAACAAAGCAGUUAAAGGCCACACACACACACACACACACACACACACACACACACACAAAGAGCUGUAGGUGUGUUAACACUGGAAGCAGCAGCUCGGUGUCUUUGUGCCAUACGCUGUCGCCAGGUGCAGCAGCUCGCCGUGAGUCGUGUACCUGAGCUGGACAGCAGAGGGCGGGACGUGGGUGGAAGAAAGGUGGACGGUGUUAAUGAGCUUUUCUUCAGGUUCUGCCUCUCUGUGAAUAACAGCCGAGCUUCAGCUGACGUCGGAGUGGGAGAGACUGUGAUUCCACUUUUUGGCGUCCAUCUUGUUUCACGCUGCCGUGAGGUCGAGACACUUAUCACUGAUUUACUGUAGCUUGUUCAACAUGGAGUCGAAUCGGGAUUAAAACUAAUGAAUAUUAUUAUUAUUGAUGAAUCUGCCAGUUAAAGCUCGAUUGAUUCGCUCGCUCUUUAAACCUGAGCGUCUCUGCGUUGUGACUGUUGCGUGACACUUGAGGGCGUCGUCUUGGACAAUUUUCACUGAAACUGACUGAAAGUUGUAUAUUUACGAUAUUGUUAAAAAAAAAUAAACGCAUAUAAAAAUACAUAAUAAUACCCAAAUCCUCAGAAAUAUUAAGAAUAAAUUAAACAAAGUAAAAAAGCUACAUAUGUAGAAAUGAUUCAAAUAUUUGUGUAUUCGUUAGUUUCCAGCUUGUUGUUGUUUUCUCAAUAAAUUGAUCGUUUGCUUUAUGUAACGUCAGAAAUCAGUGAAAAAUGGCCGCCACAAUCUCUGACAGUGACGUCCUCAAAUGUCUUGUGUCUGAUCAGCCGUCCACAGCAGGAGAUCCAAGUGAAGGACUGAAACCAGAGAACAGUCUGUUCCAGCUUCUCUGAACCCGUCGUCAACUUCACACGCAGUUCUGAAUCGCUGUGUCUGUGCAGUCGAUGUUCAUCUGUCGCUUUAGACUAAAGUGCCUAAUAAGUUUGUGGAGUGUGUGUGACUGACUGAGGCGGAGCUCGUGUUUCUGUGUUUGGUGUUUUUAUCUGUCGUUGAGCUGAAUUUAAGGCACCGAGGUCGGUCACAUGGUGCCUUCCUUCUGCCUCGAGGGGAAGGUCUCGAAGGAUUUCCUCCUCCGUGGUCUGACGUGGUCUGACGAGGUCUGACGAGGUCUGACGUGGUCUGACGUGGUCUGACGAGGUCUGACGUGGUCUGACGUGGUCUGACGAGGUCUGACGUGGUCUGACGAGGUCUGACGAGGUCUGACGUGGUCUGACGUGGUCUGACGAGGUUUACUACAUGUGUGUGUUGUGAGCUGCAGGAUGGAUGUGGUCACAGGUUAAAUGUUGAUGAGGAGAAGAGCCUGUUAACGUUUUUGAGACCCGGAUGUGAUAAAUUUCAUUUUGUUGGUCAAUAAAAUCUUUUCUAUGA